AUGGCCACCACCAAUGGAGUGCACACCGUGGACUCGAGUAACCCUCCUGCGCCCGUCGACCCUCACGAUCUCGAAGGACUCGAAGACCUCCACCAGUUGGACAUAAGUUCCCUCUCACCCGCCACACAAGCCAUCCAUGCCGACGACCCUCUCAAUCUUCUCACAGACGUCGCGCCCCCAAUCCACGUCAGCACCACAUUCCGCUACGAUAAAGAUCCCGAGCGACUGCGACCCUUUCACGAACGCGACGGUGCCAAAUUCGACCCGGGCGAGCAUUGCUAUUCCCGCUUGACUACCCACAGCACCACCAGACUCGAAGCCAUCCUGACCAUCCUGCUGGGUCAACCGUCUCUCACAUACUCUUCCGGUCUUGCGUCGUUCAACGCGCUUAUAACCUUCCUGAACCCCAAGCGCGUCGCAAUCGGCGCUGGCUACCAUGGAUGUCAUGGAGUGCUGAAAAUACACCAGAGACUGUCGGGGCUAGAACUCCUCCCGUUAGACUGCAAACCAGAAGAUCUCCAGGAAGGUGACCUCCUGCACUUGGAGACACCCGUCAACCCUACAGGACUGGCAUACAACAUCCAACAUUAUGCCGAUAUCGCGCACUCGAGAGGCGCAUACCUGAGCGUCGAUGCCACAUUCGCACCUCCACCCUUGCAAGACCCCUUCAAACAUGGCGCCGAUAUUGUCAUGCACUCCGGCACAAAAUAUAUUGGCGGACACUCCGAUAUGCUAUGUGGUGUGUUGGCGGUCAAGAACAAAGAAUGGAUCCCCCGAAUGGUGGACGACCGGCUACACCUCGGUGCGGUCAUGGGCGGUCUCGAAGGUUGGCUGGGAGUAAGAAGUGUGCGGACGCUGGAACUGCGCAUUCAGAGGCAAAGCCAGAGUGCACAGAGACUGGUCGACGCGCUUGACGGUGCGUUGACCGGGCACACGGUAGGCACAGGACUGUCGCAAUCAGACGUCGAGAUCAUAAAAGCUGUGCUGAAGAAGGUUCAUCAUGCAAGUCUGCAAACUCAGGACUACAAGACCUGGUUGCGAAAGCAGAUGCCAAAUGGUUAUGGUCCGGUCUUUUCCAUCGUCAUGAAGACACCCGAACUCGCUCGAGCCUUGCCCAGCAAGCUGCAUCUUUUCCAUCAUGCGACGAGCUUGGGUGGAGUCGAGAGCUUGAUCGAGUGGCGCACCAUGACGGAUGACACAGUAGAGAAAGACCUCCUGCGGGUGAGCAUCGGUAUCGAGGACGACAGGGACCUUUUAGACGACCUGAUCCAGGGCUUCAAAGCUCUUGGAAGCAAUAGCUCGUCGUGA